ACAUGUGUCAUUAGCUUAAGAUCAGCGCUUGAAGCGUCUCAUAUUUGAAAUCAAUAAACUUUGGCUUUUGGGAUUGUGAUUAUAAUCUUGCCAUUUUAGCUAGGCUUGGUCUGAUGUUGAUAUUAGCAUGAUCUGAUUUGUUUGAAGGUGAGUCACACACAUGUAUGAUGGCCUUCUGUCCGAGGAUGUGUCGCUCCGGCUUGGAUUUGUCCGGUGUCAGAUUAAGAGAGCGUGCUCAGAAAUCUUCCACUCAAUUUGACGGGGCGAGGGGUGAGUGGGGCGGGUGGAUUCUCCGUAUAUAAAAGCUGGUGUCCUCCGGACAAUUUUCACUCAUUUUGCUUCAUGACUUUGUCAGCUUGCACGUCAAUGCGACCGCCAAACGUAUUCGGUUCAUUCAGCUCAGGAAUUUUUGUUGAAUUAACUUGAGAUUUUUGUGUGUGUGUGUGUGCCUUUUUCGUAAUGAAUUACUGCAUGUCAGACAUGUAUGACAUAGGCCAAGGUGUGUGCGGGGGAUAUGCGGUGCCUCCCGAAGGCGAGUACUGCAUGUACGGUGGUGAAGGGCACGGUUUCACUCGCUGUGAGCCGCAGCCGUUACACCACCAUCCUCCCAGCAUGGAGCAGGCCUGGUCACCCAGCCAGCCCUAUGGGUGCCUGUUUGCUGGGGGCAGCCCUGUGUUCAAGAGCGAGUUGUGCUCCAUGGACGUGCCUCUCAGUCACUACCACCAACCAGACUACUACUGCGACGGCAGGCCGGACUUCUCUCAGAUGCAGUGGAUGCAAGGGCCACACCACAAAGGGUACAUACCAAGUUAUCUGGACAAGGAUGAGCUGUGUGUUGUGUGUGGGGACAAAGCGACUGGAUAUCAUUACCGCUGCAUUACCUGUGAGGGCUGCAAAGGUUUUUUUCGCCGCACAAUUCAGAAGAACUUGAGCCCGACAUAUGCGUGCAAGUACGAGGGCAAGUGCGUCAUUGACAAAGUCACCCGCAACCAGUGCCAAGAAUGUCGCUUCAAGAAAUGCAUCGCUGUUGGCAUGGCAACAGACUUGGUGUUGGAUGACAGUAAGCGUCUGGCCAAGCGGAAGCUGAUCGAGGAGAACCGCGAGCGGCGGCGGCGCGAGGAGCAGCAGAAGACGGUUUGGGAGCGACCCGAGCCCACGCAGGAGGAGUGGGAGCUCAUUCGGGGCGUCACCGAGGCCCAUAUGGCCACAAAUGCCCAAGGCAACCACUGGAAACAGAAGCGCAAGUUCCUGGUCGAGGAAGCAAUGCUACUUAAUGAAAUAACAUGUAAUUUAUUCUGUACUUCUGACCAGAGUGCAGUGGGGGUGAAGGAAGCCAAGCCCGAGGACAUCGGUUCUGCACCCAUCAUCAACGCACCAGAGGGGAGCAAAGUGGACAUCGAAGCCUUCAGUCAGUUUACAAAAAUUAUCACCCCCGCCAUCACUCGUGUUGUGGAUUUUGCCAAAAAGCUGCCCAUGUUCUGUGAGCUGCCUUGUGAGGACCAGAUCAUUUUGCUGAAGGGCUGCUGUAUGGAGAUCAUGUCUCUGCGAGCGGCGGUGCGUUACGAUCCAGAGAGUGAGACUCUGACACUGAAUGGGGAGAUGGCAGUCACACGGGGCCAGCUCAAGAACGGGGGUCUGGGCGUGGUCUCCGAUGCCAUCUUUGAUCUGGGCGUCUCGCUGUCAUCCUUCAACUUGGAUGAUUCGGAGGUGGCAUUGCUACAAGCCGUGAUUUUGCUUUCCUCGGAUCGUCCAGGUUUAACGAGCGUUGAACGGAUAGAGCGCUGUCAGGAGGAGUUCCUUUUGGCCUUCGAACAUUAUAUCAACUACCGCAAGCACAAGGUGGCUCACUUCUGGCCUAAGCUGCUGAUGAAGGUGACAGAUCUGCGCAUGAUCGGUGCCUGCCAUGCCAGCCGCUUCCUGCACAUGAAGGUGGAGUGUCCCACGGAGCUCUUUCCGCCCCUCUUCCUGGAAGUGUUCGAAGACUGACAGCAAACCGAUCAGGCCAAGCUGCUCCCACCAACCUCCACAAAUCAGACUCUGUCUCCCAGUUCCCGGUCACAUGACUCUGUUCUAGCACUACUGAGCAUCUUUCAUUCCAUAGUUCUAGGAGUAGCUCUCUGGCCUAUUUUGAAUGGAACCAUUCCUUUUAUAAAGCGGGUACAUGUACAUGAAUAGCGUAACAAAUGUUUUCUUUCACUUUUUGUAAAAAGAAAAAUCAC